CGUAUUGGUUCGUCCGUUGGUCUGAGUUUGCCCGCGCUUUUGUCCCUCAAAUUCCAUUUCCUUCAUUCUUCACCAUCGGCUUCGUCCGAACCCUAAAUCAAUUCACUCUCAUUUUUCUUCUAUGGAUAUCACUGAGGAGCAGCGAAAGCGAGCUGAAGCAAACCGAUUAGCUGCCAUAGCCAAACGCAAAGCUCUGGUUGAAUCUUCUAAUGGCCAACUACAACACCAUGAGCCAUGGAAGCUUUUCAAAUGUCGUAAGUUUUCCACUGAAUUUGAUGCUUCCACUACCAUCCAAUCAUCGAAAAGCUUAACAGUUAACAACACCCAUUUGCCUGAAAAGUUCCGAGUAAGGCUGGAAAUUUGCUCCCCUGACUCGUUCUCCAUCACGCCGGAAGUCGUGGAAGGUUGCUUUUACCCGGGAGAGGAGAAUUGCUUCAGGAUAUUGAGCGACUGUUUAUCUAAUGUCACACAUUCUCACUACACACAAAUUAUAGGCGGAGGAAAGGCUUGUGUUUAUAAGCUGAGAGAUUAUUGUUCUAUAUUGAAAUGUUUAAAGAACUCCAAGGACAUUGAUGUUGAAGAGAUACCAUGGACAACAUUUAACGUGGUCGAGAGACUCUCGCAUUCAUUUAGUUCAGGGCGAUGGAUGCCAUGCAGGCCAGAGCAUUUGUCAGAUGAGAAGGUCGAGGAAUUAAUGAAGAAAUUACCAGAUCGGUUGCUGAAUAGGCUCUUACCUUUCCAACUUGAUGGUAUAAGAUUUGGCCUGCAGAGGGGUGGCCGAUGUUUGAUAGCUGAUGAAAUGGGUCUUGGGAAAACACUACAGGCCAUUGCAAUUGCUUGCUGCCUCAUGGAUGAAGAGGGUUCAAUACUUGUUGUUUGCCCUGCGGUUUUACGUUUUUCCUGGGCAGAAGAACUAGAGCGUUGGCUUCCAUUUUGUUUGCCUUCGGAUAUUCAUCUUGUUUUUGGUCAUUUGGACAAUCCUUGCCACUUAUCAAAGUUCCCAAAAAUUGUGGUUAUAUCAUAUACGAUGCUUCAGCGUUUGCGUAAGAGCAUUUUUCAACAGAAAUGGUCUUUACUGAUUGUUGAUGAAUCUCAUCAUGUAAGAUGUGCCAAGAAAUCAUCUGAACCAGAAGAGAUAAAGGCUGUUCUUGAUUUAGCAACAAAGGUCCAGCAUAUUAUUCUUCUAUCUGGAACUCCUUCUUUAUCAAGGCCAUAUGACAUUUUUCAUCAGAUAAACAUGCUAUGGCCUGGUUUGCUUGGAAAGACCAAGUAUGAGUUUGCAAAAACUUACUGUGCUGUCAAAUUUGUCUCUACUUCUCAGGGAAAAACUUUUAAGGACUUCUCGAAAGGCAUUCGAUUAAAUGAGUUGAAUGUGCUGCUCAAGCAAACUGUUAUGAUAAGACGUUUGAAAGUGCACGUGUUGGCUCAACUACCACCCAAACGUAGACAGAUCAUAAGAUUGUUGUUGAAAAGUUCUGAUAUAAUUGGAGCAAAGGCAGCUACUAGGGAGGUGAUCAAUUGUGGCCAUGACAGAAAUGCCGCUGAAAACAGCUCUCACAAUAUUUGUGGGGAGGAAACCGAUGAUGGUGGAGAUUGUGGAAUUGGGAAACUCUCGUUUCAGGAACUGGGUAUUGCAAAGCUAUCUGGUUUUCGUGAAUGGUUUUCUAUUCAUCCAAUUAUUUCUGAAUCAGAUGGUUUGAUGGACUUGGAUUUGAAGACGGAUUCCCAGAAAAUGAUCAUUUUUGCUCAUCAUCAUAAAGUUCUGGAUGGAUUACAAGAACUUAUGUGUGAAAAGGGAAUACAAUUUGUUCGCAUUGAUGGCACAACCCUUGCUCGAGACAGACAAUCUGCAGUACUGUUAUUCCAGUCAUCAGCUGAGGUUAAAAUUGCUAUAAUAGGUAUUACUGCUGGUGGAGUUGGACUUGAUUUCUCUUCAGCUCAAAAUGUCGUGUUUUUGGAAUUGCCUCAGUCACCGUCGUUGAUGCUUCAGGCUGAGGAUAGAUCUCACAGGCGAGGGCAGACCAAGGCAGUCAACAUAUACAUUUUCUGUGCUAAGGAUACAUCAGAUGAGUCUCAUUGGCAAAACUUGAACAAGAGUUUGCGCCGGAUUACCUCGACCACUGAUGGAAAAUAUGAUGCAAUUCAAGAAAUAGCGGUAGAACACAUUUCUUAUCUAGAAGCAUGUGGCAGAAGUGGUGCAAGUUCUGAGAGUGAUAUGAACUCAGCAUGUAUUGAACUCUGCUCGAAAGGAACGAGAGCUCAAGGCCAUGUCUCUUUGGAGGUUGAAGUGAAAGAUGAGUUGAAUGCCAAUAUUGAUUAUCCAUCUGAUCAAAAUGACGACAUUGACAAUACAACUCAAACUGAAACAGAUCAAAUAGCUAUUAAGGAUGAAAUGUUAUCUGUGCUCCUAAACAAAGAUUUGCUCUCAAUGGGAAAAUCAGAAGAGAAUGUUACCGAAGUUGACACCAGAAGUCCUGAAAGAGCUUCCAGCCCUCAAAUGGAUGAGCAAUGUGGAGAGAGUGAUCAAGCGCAGAAGGAAGAGAAUUUAGGCUCUGGUGCGUCAAUGGUUCAUAAUGGUGAACCCCAUCUGAUCAUUGAGCCUGAAAAAAAUUCCCUGAAUCAUGUUCAGAUUCUGCGGUUUGAGGUUAGUCAGUACACAGGAAGGGUCCACUUGUAUGCAUGCAUUCCUGGGAUAGACUUACGACCAAGGCCGCUGUUUCUGAAUUUCCGACCAGAAGAAGUUGAAUUGAUGAACUGUUCUGUCGAUGAUUGUCAAAAAACAGAUUUCAAUUUGGACACUACACUCUACAAACAUGCUCUUCAAGAAUUUCUAGGUGAAUGGCGUAAGUUGAGACCCAUUGAGCAAAGAAAGUUACAUGGAAAGGCACUGCAGCUUCCUUUAGAUAUUGAGCUGUGCUACUUGAAGGAAAACAUCAACCACAACGCUGCUGGUGUGUUGAAGGGUAAAAGUUUGCGGCGCACAACACCACUUGAUGACAUUAGCCGACCAUUACCAUCUUCUGCCGUAUGGAAACUGGUCCAAUUAGGAUGUGGCUUUGGGAAAAGGAAGAAGGAGUAUGCUCAGGGUUGGACACUGACAGAGGAACCUCUUUGUAAACUGUGUCAAACACCAUGCCAGGGCAUCAAUGCAAAGGCACCUGAAUAUUUGGAAGAUCUUUUCUGUAAUCUUGGAUGUUAUGAAGAAUACCGUGUUAGGAUUAGUACCACAUCCCUCCGUCGGGAAUUGUUUCAAAUGGAGCAUGGUGUCUGCUCAAAUUGUCGUUUGGACUGUCAUAAGCUCGUAAAGCACAUACAGCCAUUGACCUUGGACAUGCGGCGCGAUUAUAUUGAGAAAGUAGCACCUAAUUUGGCAAGCCGGAAAAAAUUGCUCGAGAAGAUUGUUAACAAUCCAACUGAGGGCAACGCGUGGCAUGCUGACCACAUUGUUCCUGUUUACCGAGGUGGAGGUGAAUGCAGGCUAGAGAAUAUGAGAACCCUUUGUGUGGCAUGCCAUUUUGAUGUUACUGCUGAACAACGUGCGGAACGACGAUUAGUUCGGCUCAAAGCUAAGAAACAACUUAAAGAUGCUAUCAUCGAUAUCAAGAAAGGUGGAAAUACUGGAAGGAUAGAUACGGACAUUCAGAAGCAAGUGCAUGAUGAGCAAGAGAGUGUAAUUGAUGAUCAGCUAAUCUUAGUGAAGGUUCCUGGAAGUGCUUACUCCAAAGACGACUGCUUAGUCAAUAAUAAUAAUAAUAUAGAGGGACCUGGAGAAUCCACAGGAGCUUAGAGAACAAACUUCCUGUAGUUCACAUUCUUCAAGCACUUCUCAUCACUCCACAUUGUUGUAUAUUAAUCAUCCAUAGAUUGGUUUUGUAAUUUAUAUGUAUUUUGCAGUCACAGAUUUGGCGGCUCAAUCCCAGCUGCAACAAAAAAGAUCAGUCCCGGCUAAUUGCAUUCGUUGGACUUCACUGGCAAGAAAAUAAGUGCUGUGACCACAUGCAUGAUCCAAUUUUGUUGCUCAAUCACGAUGAUCAUACCCAUUGUUUGAACUUGCAACUUAAUGAUGUUGCUUGUUCCACUUGUAGUUUUGUAACGAAUGCUUUUGUAACUUAGACCCAUCAUUCAAUUUUUUUUUUUUUUUUU